AGCGAUUCGUGUAACUGACGUCAUCAACCCGUGUGUCAUCUUGAACCAUAUUAUAACCGCAGCACAUAACACAGAAAUAUUGGUUAUUCGCUUGGAUUUGAUUAAUAAUUUACGAACGCCGCCCUGCUGUUCAAGUCAGUAGACGUCAAAGCGUGAUGGAUACUCGUGAAAAAGGGUAUCUAUUUUUGUGGUUAACUGUCGCAGCUGUCAGCGUUUAACCUAAAAAAGUGUUGAUAUUUUAAUUUUUGAUAUUAAAUGUAGUUUCUCAGUUAUUCAAAUAUGUUAAAUUCCCGGCCAUUUUAUGAUCUAUGUAUUCAAGAUAGUUACUUCAACAAGGAUAAUUUCCAAAAGAACUUAAAGGCACUUUAUAACUAUGGAUAUAAGACCAUAGCAAUUAAUCAGUCUAUAGACGACAGUGAUGUGGAACCUAAAAAGAAGAAGAAAAAAGGCGAACCAAGGGAGCCACAGGAUGCGGUACCUGUACCAUUUGAUUUAACCAAAAUAGAAGAACUUGUGAAUAAAUUAGAGUUUGGUGGUUUUACCAUUCUCAAUAGAUUAACAGUUUCAUUUGCGAGUUUGGACACACUCUAUAAAAUAACAAAAUCUCCAAAUUUCAAGAAGUAUCAUAUUGUAGCUGCCGCCCCUACAACUCCUCAGGCAUUGACACAUACAUGUUCUACGUUUGAAGCUGAUAUAUUUACAUUUAAUCCUGAAAACAAAUUCAACUUAAGGUUGAACCGUAAACUGUAUAAUCAGCUGAUUGAUAGGGGAUACCACUUUGAACUCCAGUAUGCACCUGCUAUUCUGGACUCGACAAAAAGAAAAAAUUUAAUUCACGCAGCAAACUUAUUUCAUUUGUUUGGAAAAAGUAAAAAUAUUAUAAUUUCUAGUGGUGCAGACAAUGUGAACUACCUUAGAGGACCUUAUGACAUCAUUAAUUUAGGUUUGAUUUUCGGACUAAGUGAGCUGCAGUGUAAGACUGCCAUUACCCAUUGUGCUAAAAAGACUGUGAUAAACUCAGUUGGUAGAAGACACGGGAAAGCCGUGAUGUUCGUCGAAAAUGUUGAAAAGUCACCAGAAGAAACAAAAAGAGACAGCUAUAUGGAAAUGAUAGAAGACAGUGAUGAUGAUAUUACGGUAGUAGAUCAGCCAAAGUCUAAAAAAACUAAAACCUGAAUCAGAAUAAUAAAUUUGAUUACCGAGUACA